AUGGCUUAUAAUUAUCCAGGCGCCCUUCACAGCGGCUAUGAUGGUCGGCCGUAUGGAGGAUAUAUCUCUAACCAGAUCCCUCGCUCCUACCAUCGACAGCCACCUUCACCGGAAGGGUCUUCGGACUCUAACGCAGGAGGUGACUACCUCGAUCCAGCCCCGAACAUCAAGGUCGACACUGACGAUGACGCUGCGUUUGGCGUCCUAGCGGGCAGACCGUAUCCCCUGGCUGGGCAAUCGCCUCCAUUCCAUGGCGCCCAAGGAUAUGGACGGCCUGGUCCUAGUGGACCCUCAGGUCCUCUUUCGUUGCCUUCCGAUAUUACGGGUGUCCCCCACAUGCAUAUGAACCCUUCUAUGUAUGGCGGUUUUGAUCCCAGCUCUAUCGACUUCAGCGGAAGCUUUCCGCCUAUGAAUGCCCUCUCUUCCGCCCUGGACAUGAACCACCCUAUGAUGCACUCCCACUCUCCCGGUCCGUCAGAGUCUGAGAACUCUUGGGACAGCGACCAAUACUCGUCGCCCUCUCCUCCAGGCUCCAGCGCCGCGCUUCCUCUCCCAUCCGACGAGGAGACGGAGGAAUAUCUCCGCAAGACGUUGGAAAUUCCCUAUCCUUACCUCUUGAACCUCAGCUCCCUCCCCGACGAGCCGUUCGACAAGAAAGCGCCCGCCAUUACGACGUUGAUCAAGCUAGCCAUCUGUGGAAGCAAGCAUAAGCGCCUGACCCUUCGCCAGAUCUAUGACGAGAUCGAGAAACGCUACCCCAGCUGGAAAGAUAGUAAGGACAAGCCGUGGCAGCGCUCUAUUCGCCACAACCUCUCCUUGAAAGCCAUCUUCGUCCGCAUCGAACGCCCCGUCAGCCAUCCUGGUAAGGGCUUUUACUGGGCCCUCGACAUCCGACAAGGCGAAGGCAACAAACGCGACCGCAAGCGCCGAGACCAAGGCCGCGCACGCAGCGGACGAACCGAAGAUGACGACGACGAUUACUCCGACGGCGGCGUCGAGGAGGACGUCGUCUCGCGCGGGCGCACCACCAAGCCGAUGCGUAUGCCCCAGGAGGGCGUCUACGGUGCGCAGGGGUACGUGCAUCCGCACGCAACGCUCCUCGACCACCAGCACCGCGGGCAGCCUGGCAUGGGCCCGGGCCCGAGCGGCGUAAGUCCUUAUGGCACCCCGAACUACCCGCUGGCGCCUAACGUUAUUGGCCCGCACAUGCGAUGGGAGCAGCGCUCGCCGUACCCGCCUGGCCAGCCGUACCCACCCCCCGAGAUGCAGAUGGGCCGCCCUGGGUCGUCUGCGGGGAUGGGCCCGUACCCGAGCUACGCUCCCCCGGCGAACGUCGAGCAUCGUCCGUUGAGGCGCGGCACGGUCGACGCGAGGCAGGGGUAUCCCCCAGGCCCAUCGUCCAUGAUGCCUGCGCAGAUGCCUAUGCGCCAGAUGACGAUGAGCCCUGGCCACGGACAGCUGAUGCCCAACGUCAUGCCCCCCAGCCCAGAGUCGAGAUCGAGGCGCCCCCAUUCGCGCACGUCGCCCGAGGAGGACGAGGAGGAGAGGCAGCGCGGCUCGCGCAGGCUUCGUACGCAAUAA